AUACUCUGUGUUUACAACGGCGACCUUCCCAAGGUUUUGGAGUAUUGCGUAUCAAAGCCACGAGCAUCCUGCGAUACAAUAAGAGUCUUCGUCGACGUAGAAGCAAUCAAGCUUCAGUGACCUCGGUGUGUAAUCAUUUUGUCUUCGCGAUAUGGAAUCUUCAACGAUCGAUAGCGAAGGCGAACCCGAAAGAUCACAGAUGGAUGAUGAUGAGAUAUUUAUCGAAAAUGUUGCGUCACCCAAUGUAUCUAAAUACAUAGGUAGAUCCAAUUCGGUAAUAGAUUCAAUCGGCACUAGAAAUCUGACCACAGACACUGUGACUCCAUGCCGAUACCGAAGCAAAUCUUUAUCUACUUCAGAUUAUUAUACAUCGCCGGAUGAAGAUCAAGAGCAAAAUUUGGACAUCGCAGAAACAGUCAAGGUCGACUGCACGAAGAAUGUAUACAUGUAUAAUUUAUCAGAUGUAAUCGAUGCCAAUAUGUUCCCAAAUCUUAACAUGAGCGAUAAUAACAAUUUGAUUAAUAUACCUUCGACAUCUGCUACAGUCAUGUCAGUAUCGAUAGAUGCUGAUCGCUAUAACAUGAGUCAUAAGCAUCGCGGUAAAUGCAUAAUCUUCAAUCAUGAAGAAUUUGAUGAAACUGUCGAUAAACGUGAAGGUUCGACAGUAGAUGUGAUGAGAUUGGAGAAGAGUUUUGGUAGACUCGGCUUUGAUGUCGAAGUGCAAAAUAACUUAAGCCACGCAGAAAUUAUGGACAAGAUAGAGAAAAUGAGCCAAUAUGACCACUCGAAUAACGACUGCAUCUGCAUUAUCGUGCUAACUCAUGGACUCCAAAACGACUUGAUAUGGGCGAAAGACGUCGCCUACAGAUCCGACAAAAUUUGGAAACCAUUUACCGCCGAUAAGUGUAUAACACUCGCGGGAAAGCCAAAAUUGUUCUUCUUCCAGGCUUGCAGAGGAGACCAGGUUGACAGCGGUGUGGUGCUGUCUCCUCGCACUUUGACACCAUCGGAAGCUACCGACUCUGUCACAUCGUACAAAAUUCCCACUCACGCAGAUUUUCUAAUAGCUCACAGUUCGGUUCAAGAUUUUUAUACUUGGAGGAAUCCUGUGGAAGGUACAUGGUAUGUACAAUGCUUGUGCAAAGUUCUAGAUGAACACGGGACUGAGAUGGAUUUAAUGAGCAUGCUCACGCUGACAGCUCGAAAAGUCGCCACCGAGUUCGCCUCUGUUUAUCCUGCGGAUAAAUCUAUGCAUGAUAAAAAGCAAGUGCCGUCAGUAACAUCAAUGUUAAUCAGAUCCGUUUACUUUCCACCAAAAUUAAAUGAAAAAAUCAUUACAGAGUAAAUUAUAAAAUCGUGUUCUGAAAAUAUAAUAUAUAGGCGAAAUGUACUUGAUUAACAAGUAUGUAAUAUACAUAUAUGAUAUGUAUAUAUGUGAUGUAUGACAGAU